AUGAAGUUCUUAGUAGUUUUCGACAUAAGCGGAACUUUGGCGAGGAAAUACCACAAGGCCAAGAGCGAAUACCGGACUCUUGCCGCUAUGGGCAUAAAGGCUGAUUUCAAGUUUGGAGAGUACUUUGUUUACGACCGUCCUCACUUGGAUUUGCUAGCAGAGUUUCUUCGAGUCCACGAUGCCGGGUAUGUGUUGUGGACAACUGGUAUGAGCCAAAAUGCAGUACGCCUUGUCAAGCAUCUGGAAUCUAUCGGCCUCGACGGGUUUCUGGGCUGGUAUUCUCAGCUUGACUGCAAGGUUGGAAAGGUAAAGCUUGAAUCUAAAUGCGACUUGUGGGUUAAGGAUCUCGAGGUUGUGGCAAGAAACCACAACAUCGAUGUUGGGAAGUGCAUUCUUGUUGAUGACAGCAUCGACAAGUCGAUCCACAACCAGAACUUUAUAUGCUGCCCGACAUACACGCCCGGAACGGAGGACUGUGGAGUUAGCUAUAUAUGCAGGUAUCUGGAUGACUUUUUUGGAUGUGAGGAGCAGUGCAUUGCUAAGAAGUUGUUGUAG